AACGCCCAAAUAAACAACAAUGCAUUCGAAUUUCGCUUGUCGCUGAGACAUUUAACUAUCAAGUCUUAAUCUGUAAACAACCUUUGCAAUGUUGCUAUUGUCUUUCAUUGUCGUUACCAUACUUUGCUAUUUCUGGCUAAGACAUCGAUACACGUACUGGGAACGACAUGGAGUCAAAGGUCCAAAGCCAGUGUUCUUCUUCGGCAAUUUGUUCAAAUCGUUAACGUUGCAAGAGCACCAUAGCAUCGCUCCCAUAAGAUGGUAUAAUACAUUUAACGAUGUUCCGUUUAUUGGUUUCUACAAGCUGUUCAAGCCGGCGAUUUUGAUUCGAGAUCCGGAAUUGCAAAGAGAAAUCCUGGUCAAGGCCUUUCCGAAUUUUCACGAUAAUGAUGCCAACGUUUCGGCCGAUGAUGAUCUGAGAAGUACGAAUCCAUUUUUCAAGAACGGCGAAAACUGGCAACGAGGUCGAACCUAUUUCGGGUCAUUUUUUUCGGCAAACAAAAUUCGCCAAACACUUACUUGUGUGUUAGAAGUGGGAAGGGAGUGGGAACGAUUCGUGCGGAGUUUGGGAGAAAAUGCUGAGGUGGACGCGAAAGACGUAUGUUCCCGUUACACUGUUGAAUCUAUGAUUCGAAGCACCUUUAGCAUUGACGGUAGAUCCUUUGAGCAACAAGCCGAGUUCGUAGACAUGGGUAAAUCAAUGAUUGAUCCGGAUGCAAUAACUGCUAUCAAAAUGAUGGUCACGUUCUUCGUGCAGGACAUUUUGAAGUACCUUAACGUUGCCCUCGUUUCGCCGUCAAUGUCAAAUCGUCUCAAGCAAAUUGUUAGCGAUCAAAUAAAGGCUCGUGACUCGGGAACAGUUCGGUGUGAAGAUUUACUGCAGACAAUAAUGAGUGGCCGCGAAAAAUACGGAUUGAACGAAACCGAAAUUGCUGGAAUUUGCUUUGCCUUUUUCUUCGAAGCAUAUGACACCACACCCAAUACUUUGGUAUUAGCUCUGUACCAACUAGCCAAACAUCCACACAUUCAAGAUAAAUUGGUGCAAACUAUUGACGAGGCAAUUGCAGCUAACGAUAAUCAAGUAACCUACGACCUUGUCCAGAAACACGAAUAUCUUGAAAAGGUUCUGUAUGAAACUAUGAGGGCUGAACCAUUUCUGUUUGGAUUGCUUAAGCUAUGCACUAAAGAUUACACAAUGCCACUUCUUCCUGGUCAGAAGAUACCCGUGACAAUACCAGCAACGACUCCAAUUGUACUACCCUUUGCAGCAGUUUAUAAAGAUCCAACCUACUUUCCCGAUCCUGAUGUAUUUGAUCCAGAGAGAUUUUCUCCAGAACAAAAGCUCCUUCGACCAAAGUCUGCCUUUAUACCGUUUGGUGACGGGCCCAGGAUGUGUAUCGGCAUGCAGUUGGGAUUGUUCAAUAUGAAGAUGGGACUGUUCGAGAUGAUUCGAUAUUUCCAUGUUAAAUUGGGUCCUAACAACAAACCAUUCGAAUUGCAUCCGAUGUCGUUUUCGAAUGUUGCAAAGAAUGGCGUCAAGAUAAUUUUGACUCCACGAAAAAGGGAGUGAUUCGACGACAGAUUGUCCGGUGCCUUAAUAAGUCAAUUUUCAGAUAAAACACUUUAUCUUGUAAACGUUUUUUUUGAAGUUCGGUGGAAACAUUAAAUAAUA